AUGAAGUCAGUGGGCGUCCUCCUCCUCCUCGUGGGGCUCCUCACCCUCUAGACGGAGCUGCCGGCUGCCACUGAGCAGAAGCAAGUGAAAGCUGGGACCUGCCCACCAGAUUACGCAAUGUGUUAUCGGAGAGAAACUGAUGAGUGUGCCAUGGAUUAUCACUGCGAAGAGCAGAAGAAGUGCUGUGAUUGCCAUUGUGCCAUGCACUGUGUGGAACCAGCAGAAGAGACUCCUGGGACUUGUCCAGCCAUCACUGUAGUUUGUCCCAUGGUUGAUCCUCCUAACCGCUGUGAAAAGGACAGCAAGUGUCCAGAAAACCAGAAGUGCUGUGACACCGGCUGUGGGAAAGAUUGUGUUUGGCCUCAGAAUGGUCCCCAUCUCUUCUAA